GGCUGCCCUUACAUUCCACCAAGCAAGCUUGCCACUGGGAGAUAUUCUUUGGGCGUGGGGAAUGUUAUUGCUAUCAAAGUAACCUGACUUGGAAAGCAAGGGAAUCAGGAGCUACUGUGUCAGCUGGUGUGGUUCCACUGUGGCUAGAACCAUGAGGGUAUUACCUAUCCUGGUUGUGACUGUCGCCUGCCUCGUCGGCACUGGGGCUGGGGAUGAUGGAGAUUGCUUCUACAAUGAUAAGAUCUACAAAAAUGGAGAUACUGUUAAAUCUAACUGCCAAAUCUGUGAAUGCGAGAAUGGAAAAAUUAAAGACUGUGCACGCGACGUAAACUGCAAAAUUAAGAGAGCAGUCACACCUGAGCAGGAUGAGGUUCCAAUCGUCUAUGAUGAUGAUCCAAGUGUCAUUGAAAGCAGCGAGGGCAAAGGGAAUGUUAGGGCGAAACGGGCUGCAGUUGGAGUAAAUAAGAAGAACUCUGCUGCAACGAAAUUCAGCCUUGGGAUUACCGGUACCGAUGAGGAUAAGGAAUUCCUAAAGACUAAUGUAAAGAACGACAAAGUAAAUACAAACCAAAACCAAGGAAAAGGUCACGAUGACUCCAGAAAGGACAGCAAGGAGAAUAGCCAAGAGAAAGGACAGGAAAACAACAAGAAGUUUUCAAAGGAUUCAUCUGAAGAAAAAGAUGAUGGAUCCAAAGAAAAAUGGGGUAAUGUAAAGAACGACAAAGUAAAUACAAACCAAAACCAAGGAAAAGGUCACGAUGACUCCAGAAAGGACAGCAAGGAUAAUAGCCAAGAGAAAGGACAGCAAAACAACAAGAGGUUUUCAAAGGAUUCAUCUGAAGAAAAAGAUAAUGCAUCCAAAGAAAAAUCAACUUUUAAGAAGACUUACUCAGUACAGACGAGCCAAAACCAAGGAAAAGGUCACGAUGACUCCAGCAGUGAAAGCAAGGAGAACAAGAAAGGACAGAACAAGAAUGGAUUUUCAAAGGACUCAUCUGAAGAAAAAGAUGAUGGAUCCAAAGAAAAAUCGGCUUUUAAGAAGACUUACUCAGUACAGACGAGCCAAAACCAAGGAAAAGGUCACGAUGACUCCAGCAGUGAAAGCAAGGAGAACAAGAAAGGACAGAACAAGAAUGGAUUUUCAAAGGACUCAUCUGAAGAAAAAGAUGAUGGAUCCAAAGAAAAAUCGGGUCAUGGGAAGAAUGACAAAAAUAAGCCAAAUAUAAACAAAGGGAAUGAUCAUGAUGACUCCAGUAAGGAAAGCAAGGAGAAUACAGACAGACAGAAAGGACAGAAAAACAAGAACGGAUGGCUUAAGAACUCAUCUCAUGAAAAGGAUGAUGGAUCCAAAGAAAAGGAGGGUCAUUGGAAGAAUGGCAAAGGAAAGCCAAAACAAAACAAGGGUAAAGAUCAAGGUGACUCCAGCAAUGAAAGCAAGAGUAAUAGCCAAGAGAAAGGACAGAACAAGGACUCAUCUGUAGAAAUUGUACCCACCGUAUCCAAUGAAAACACUGGCGAUGAGGAGGAUAACAACGUAACACCAAGCGUGACGCCAGUCGUAGAACAAAAACGUGAUCAGGACAUCUCCACCGACGGCCCAGAGGAGGCAGUUAUAAACUCAUGCAUAUUUAAUAAGGAGUCUAUAGCUGAUGGAGAAACCAAAGACCUUAGCUGUUCCAGCUGCACCUGUAACAAAGGGAAGCUCACUUGCAUGAAGAACCUGAACUGUCCAGGUGUCUGCUCGGUCACAGGUUAUCAGAUGAUCCGGACCUUUGAUGGUUCCUUGUAUGACAGCCCUGGAACCUGCAACUAUGUUUUGGUCAAAACCUCCAACUUCACAAUUAGCCUUAGCAACAAGCCCUGCUCUGGUCAAGAUAAUGGGAUUACGAACCCAGAUGCAGUUUGCAUCGACACAGUGGACAUUUACUUGCCUACAAUUGCCAGCAUUAAGAUUCUACCAGAUGGAUCAGUACUGUCAGCAGGACAGCAAGUUGACCUUCCAUUCUUUAUUGCGGAAACCAUUACUAUACUAAGAAGUUCUUCUACUUUCCUGGAUGUGGUCACCCCAAUGUUCAGCCUGCAGUAUGACAUCAAGGGAAACCGACUCUAUGUCAUCGUUCAAACAAGCUACAAGGAUCAAACUAGUGGGCUUUGCGGCACAUACAAUGACAACCGCCUUGAUGACUUCAGGAGCUCCAGUGAUAUAACUGAGACAGUCUCCAGCUUGUUCAGCAAAUCCUGGAAGUUGCAGUCUCAAUGCUCAGAAAAUGUCAAAACAUCAGAUAGUCCAGCUCAGCGAGUCACAGCGGAUUUAAGUUGCACCAAUUCCCUUCAGGACUCCAUCUUCGCUGACUGCAACCUUGUGAUUGAUACUCAUAACUAUCAGGCCUCCUGUUCCAACAGCAUUUAUUUCGGGAAAGAUAAUGGCUUUUGCUCAGCCAUGGCAGACUAUGCUUAUCGAUGUGCUUUGGCAGGCAUUUAUGUACCUUUGAGUUCUGCAUUCCCAGACUGCUUUGUUUCUUGUGAGGGAGGCAUGGUUCCCAUUACAGAAAGUCUCUUCAGUCAGGAUGACUGUGCUGAACAUUCUUCAGAGAUCUUGAAGUUUUUAAUAAAGCUUCCACUGAGCGAGGGUUGUGUUUGCCCUGAUAAUUUAUACUAUGAUUCUACAAUAAAUCAGUGUGUUGAUGGCGAUGUAUGUCCAUGUUAUAGUAACAGCCAUGCAUACAAGAUUGGAGAGAACGUCACUUUUUCCAAUGGACAAUCAUGUACUUGUGAGAGAAUAAUGGAAUGCACAGAUAAUCCAGAAUUGCCUACAGAUGAAGUUCCAACAUGUCCAGAAGGUGAAGUAUUUUCUGACUGUUUGAUGGGAUCUGGAAAGUCUUGUGAGCCAAGCUGCCAAAACAUGGCAGUCAUCGACCAAGUAUGUCCUCUUGAGUGUGAGGCGGGCUGCAUCUGCAAAUAUGGGACGUUGAGGAGCAAUGAUGGAAGCUGCGUCCCACUGCAGGAAUGUCCAUGUGUGCACGGAGAAGAUGUUUAUAACCCUGGAGAGACACUGGCACAAGACUGCAACACUUGCACCUGCAAAGAUGGCAAGUUCUCCUGCACCAAUAACGCCUGCAACGUAGUGUGUAAUGCCUACGCUGGGGGUCAGUUCUUCCUCUUCGAUAACAUCUGGAAAACCUUCAACACAGGCAACUGCCAGAUCAUUCUAGUUGAAUCUCAAGAUGGACAAGUCCCGAAGUUUAGAGUCGUAAUGCAAAACACACAAACAGAAAAUCUUGGUGGAGCUUUGGCCACCAAGAAGCUCUUCAUCACAUUUGGAGGAGCAUAUGUCGAGUUGAGCGACUCAGAUCCUUACUUGGCUCAAGAACCGGGAAGUACAACCCAAGUAAGAGUAUAUCGCUCUGGAUUCUAUGUCGUUGCCCAUUUUCUGGAUGGUCUUGCAGUUUACUAUGAUCAGCACUUAGAUGUUAUUGUUCAGCUCCAGCCUCAACUACAGGGCAAGGUCCAGGGUAUGUGUGGUGAUGCUGACCAGUCAACAACUUAUGAACUGGCUAUUAGCAACAUGGCACAGUAUGGAGCUCAGUUCAUCAUUGGCAAGUGUGAUUCCCCAGAUGUACCCCAACCUCCUCCACCUGAUAACAAGCAUUACACAGAGAAACGCUGCAGUCAGCUGUUCAAUGAGGACUUUGCUGAAUGUCACAUCGCGGUCCCUGUACAGCCAUAUUACACAGCUUGUGUAGAAGAGACUGAGGCCUGCAGAGAAGGAGAAAGCUGUCUGUGCUUCUGUACAUCCCUUGCUGCUUAUGCCCGAGCCUGCUGCCGUAAAGGCAUCACUCUUGACUGGAGAAACCCCGACACCUGCUCUUCCCCUUGUGAAUACUACAACAGAGAUGCUGGAGAUGGACCAUAUCGCUUAGUCAUGGUCAAUGGUCAGACCUUGAUGGCAGAUUAUGACACCCAGUCUGUGUCACUGACCCCUAAGGAUACACCAGGAAAUGUCAAAGUCAGCUUCAUGGUCACCCCAAGUCUCUACAAGGACCCACAGUAUGGCAGAAAGUUAAUCUCCUUGGAAUCUGCUCUGCACCGCAACUUCUUCAUCGUUCAGAAUGCAGAUGGCACCCUAGGCUUAAAGAAGUGGCAGCCAAGUGCCAGCUUUCGUACACAGGCCACUUUUAUCCUGAGAGAAGGUCGCUGGAUCAAUGGCUACAGCACCCUUGAAUCCUAUUCCUCCAGGGGCCAAUAUCUCUCUUUUGACAGCAAUAAUGAUAAUCUGGUGAUGACCAGGGUAAAAUCUGCUAACAUGCUGGCAAUGAAUUUCAAGCUUACAGAGGAAAACUUUGGAUUACCAUCAUUCUCUAUCUGCACCUGGAAGUACAGAUCCUGUGGCCCUCCUUGCAUCCCAACAUGCCAAGAUCCUCAGGCAACGCAGUGCACCCUAACUCUUCCAGUGGAGGGUUGCUACCCUAUUUGUGCCCCAGGAAUGGUGUUUGAUGAAGUUACCCAUCGUUGUGUGAAUAAAGAUGACUGCGUACCAACUCCUACAGUACCACCAACACCAGUGCCACCAACACCAACUCAGAAACCGUGCACCGGUGUGACUUGUGUAGAAAUGAAUUGCAAGGUUGGAGAAAAAAGAGUGGAAAUUGCGACAACAGAUCCCUGCUGCCCACGUUAUAAAUGCGAGGUCAUUCCUACUACCCCAUCACCACCAACAUCACCGAAUCCAUGUAGAGGUGUAACAUGUAACGUUCCAAAGUGCAAUACAGAACAACAGCUUGUACAAGUUACAUCUACAGACCCUUGCUGCCCAAAAUACACUUGUCAGUGCCUGACUACAUGCAGCCCUCCCCCUGUUUGUAGCAAUGGAAGACCACCCAUAGAAAAUUUCGACCCAACUUCUCAGUGUUGUGCCAAAUAUGAAUGCCUUCCAGAGACAACUACACCUGCACCAAGGACAACAACUCCGGGGCAAUGUAAGGGUGUGACAUGUGAAAUAGUGACAUGUGCAGAGGGUGAAGAUAAGGUGGCCAUUGUCUCAACUGAUCCAUGCUGUUCCCGCUAUGUGUGUGUUUCAUCAACAACCCCAACUCCAAUUAAACCUACAACACCGGAAUCAUGCACAAAGGUGAAAUGUCAAGUGGUGACCUGCUCUGUGGGAGAAACAAAGACAGAGGUUCCUUCAGCAGAUCCUUGCUGUCCAAGAUAUAAGUGUUAUCAAGAGCCAACUACAACCUUAGCUACAACUCCGGAACUAUGCAAGUAUGUGACAUGUUCAACAGUGACUUGUGCAGAUGGAGAAACUGAGAUGGAAGUUCCUUCAGCAGAUCCCUGCUGCCCACGUUACACGUGUGUUCCAGAAACAACUGUUGCACCUACACCAGAGGAGCCCUGCCGUCAUGUGACUUGUUCAGAUGUGACAUGUGCAGUUGGAGAAAUUAAGACAGAAGUUCCUUCCGCAGAUCCCUGCUGUGCACGUUAUGUGUGUGCUCCACUGCCAAGCACAACUCCACUGCCGGAGCCAUGCCAGCAUGUGACAUGUGAAGAUGUGACAUGUGCAGAUGGAGAAACUAAGAUGGAAGGUCCCCAAAUAGACCCCUGUUGUGCACGCUUUGUGUGUGUUCCAGCGUCAUCUACAACCCCACAACCGGAACUAUGCAAGUAUGUGACAUGUGCAACGGUGACUUGUGCGGAUGGGGAAACUGAGAUGGAAGUUCCUUCACCAGAUCCCUGCUGCCCACGUUACACUUGUGUUCCAGGAACAACUAUACCGACACCAGAGGAACCAUGCAGUCAUGUGACAUGUACAGACGUGACCUGCGCCGCUGGAGAAACUAGGACAGAAGCUCCUUCAGCAGAUCCGUGCUGCAGCCGCUUUGUGUGCGUUCCACUGCCAACUACAACUAAACUACCGGAGCCAUGCCAGUAUGUGACAUGUCCAGACGUGACAUGCGCGGAUGGAGAAACUAAGAUGGAAGGUCCCAAAAUAGACCCCUGCUGCGACCGUUAUGUGUGUGUUCCAGAGUCAUCUACAACCCCACAACCGGAACUAUGCAAGUAUGUGACAUGUGCAACGGUGACUUGUGCGGAUGGAGAAACACAGAUGGAAGUUCCUUCAGCAGAUCCCUGCUGCCCACGUUACACGUGUGUUCCAGGAACAACUAUACCCACACCAGAGGAACCAUGCAGUCAUGUGACAUGUACAGACGUGACCUGCGCCGCUGGAGAAACUAGGACAGAAGCUCCUUCAGCAGAUCCGUGCUGCAGCCGCUUUGUGUGCGUACCACUGCAAACUACAACUGAACUACCGGAGCCAUGCCAGUAUGUGACAUGUUCAGACGUGACAUGCGCGGAUGGAGAAACUAAGAUGGAAGGUCCCAAAAUAGACCCCUGUUGUGCACGUUAUGUGUGUGUUCCAGAGUCAUCUACAACCCCACAACCGGAACUAUGCAAGUAUGUGACAUGUGCAACGGUGACUUGUGCGGAUGGAGAAACACAGAUGGAAGUUCCUUCAGCAGAUCCCUGCUGCCCACGUUACACGUGUGUUCCAGGAACAACUAUACCCACACCAGAGGAACCAUGCAGUCAUGUGACAUGUACAGACGUGACCUGCGCCGCUGGAGAAACUAGGACAGAAGCUCCUUCAGCAGAUCCAUGCUGCAGCCGCUUUGUGUGCGUACCACUGCAAACUACAACUGAACUACCGGAGCCAUGCCAGUAUGUGACAUGUUCAGACGUGACAUGCGCGGAUGGAGAAACUAAGAUGGAAGGUCCCAAAAUAGACCCCUGUUGUGCACGUUAUGUGUGUGUUCCAGAGUCAUCUACAACCCCACAACCGGAACUAUGCAAGUAUGUGACAUGUGCAACGGUGACUUGUGCAGAUGGAGAAACUGAGAUGAAAGUUCCUUCAGCAGAUCCCUGCUGCCCACGUUACACGUGUGUUCCAGGAACAACUAUACCCACACCAGAGGAACCAUGCAGUCAUGUGACAUGUACAGACGUGACCUGCGCCGCUGGAGAAACUAGGACAGAAGCUCCUUCAGCAGAUCCAUGCUGCAGCCGCUUUGUGUGCGUUCCACUGCCAACUACAACUGAACUACCGGAGCCAUGCCAGUAUGUGACAUGUUCAGACGUGACAUGCGCGGAUGGAGAAACUAAGAUGGAAGGUCCCAAAAUAGACCCCUGUUGUGCACGUUAUGUGUGUGUUCCAGAGUCAUCUACAACCCCACAACCGGAACUAUGCAAGUAUGUGACAUGUGCAACGGUGACUUGUGCGGAUGGAGAAACACAGAUGGAAGUUCCUUCAGCAGAUCCCUGCUGCCCACGUUACACGUGUGUUCCAGGAACAACUAUACCCACACCAGAGGAGCCCUGCAGUCAUGUGACUUGUUCAGAUGUGACAUGUGCAGUAGGAGAAUUUAAGACAGAAGCUCCUUCAUCAGAUCCCUGCUGUGCACGCUUUGUGUGUGCUCCAUUCCCAUCCACAACUCCACUGCCGGAGCCAUGCCAGUAUGUGACAUGUUCAGACGUGACAUGCACAGAUGGAGAAACUAAGAUGGAAGGUCCCAAAAUAGACCCCUGCUGCUCACGUUAUGUCUGUGUUCCACAGCCUAAUACAACUCCAUUACCGACAACUACUACAACACUACCGGAGGUAUGCCAGGGUGUAACAUGUAAUACGGUGACAUGUGGAGAUGGAGAAGAUAUGGUGGCACUUGAGUCAUCAGAUCCCUGCUGCCCCCAUUAUGCCUGUGUUAAAAUCGCUACUCUACCUCCCUUCCCCACUACACCGGUAGUUACACAGGGGGUAUGUAGUGAAGUCAAGUGUGAAGUGGUGAAAUGUAAGAAGGAGGGAGAGACUGUGGUGGAAGUUCCUUCAGCAGAUCCUUGUUGCCCACGCCAUGUCUGUAAAUGCAGUUCCGAUUGCAGCCUUCCUCCUACCUGCACUGACGGAAGACCGCCACUAAAGACGAUUGACCCUGAUACCCAAUGCUGUCCAGAGUAUGAAUGCAGACCUGUGUCCGAGACCACACCAGUCCCCGUUACACCGAGCAUAUGCAGUGGUGUGACUUGUAAAACUGUAACCUGUAAGAAGGAGGGUGAACAAGUGGUUGAAGUUCCUUCCUCAGAUCCCUGCUGUCCAAAAUUUGUGUGCGAAUGCGCUCAGUCAUGCAGCCCUCCUGUUCCCUGCGUGGAUGGACAACCACCAGUGCAAAUCACUGACGCUGCAACUAAGUGCUGUCCAACCUAUGAAUGCUUGCCUCCAAUUCCCACCUUACCACCAAACACCACACCAGAGGAACCAUGCAAGGAUGUCCUUUGUCCAGUGAUAAACUGCAUAAAGAACGGUUCCAGUCUUGUGUCUUUCAUGGGAAAAAAUCCUUGCUGUAAAGUAGAAUAUUGUGACUGCCUUGACCCAUGCCCACCACCGCUGACUUGUAAAACAGGCAAGCCAACCAUGAAGAUUGAUCCAGAAGCAGAAUGCUGCCCCACAUACACUUGUCCUCCUGAAAAAGUUCCAGAAAAAACUACUACUCCAUAUGAAACACAGUUUACAACCACUGCCCCAACACCUAGUAGCACUACUCUGCCUGAAUGUGCCGGCGUCAAGUGUUACAAAGACGUUACCUGCCGUUACAACGAGGAUGAGAUUGAGGAACCAAAUCCUUUUGAUCCUUGUUGUCCAAGAUAUCGCUGUGAGCGCAAGCCAACACCAAGUCCAACUCCUUCGCCAGAACUCACGACAACACCCAGACCACCAAUCAUCACCACUCCGCCUGAAUGUGCCGGCGUCACGUGUAGCAAAGAACUGACCUGUGCAUACAAUGAGAUUGAGGUUACAAAACCAAAUCCACUGGAUCCUUGUUGUCCACUAUAUUACUGUGAGCCCAAGCCAACUCCUUCGCCAGAACUCACUACAACCCCCAGACCACCAAUCUUUACCACUCCGCCUGAAUGUGCCGGCGUCACGUGUAGCAAAGAACUGACCUGUGCAUACAAUGAGAUUGAGGUUGCGGAACCAAAUCCACUGGAUCCAUGUUGUCCAAUAUAUCACUGUGAGCCCAAGCCAACUCCUUCGCCAGAACUCACUACAACACCCAGACCACCAAUCUUCACCACUCCGCCUGAAUGUGCCGGUGUCACAUGUUACAAAGACGUUACCUGCCGUUACAACGAGGAUGAGAUUGUAGAACCGAAUCCAUUUGAUCCUUGUUGUCCAAGAUAUCGCUGUGAGCCCAAGCCAACUCCUUCGCCAGAACUCACUACAACACCCAGACCACCAAUCUUCACCACUCCGCCUGAAUGUGCCGGUGUCACAUGUUACAAAGACGUUACCUGUCGUUACAACGAGGAUGAGAUUGCGGAACCAAAUCCAUUUGAUCCUUGUUGUCCAAGAUAUCGCUGUGAGCCCAAGCCAACUCCUUCGCCAGAACUCACUACAACACCCAGACCACCAAUCUUCACCACUCCGCCUGAAUGUGCCGGUGUCACAUGUUACAAAGACGUUACCUGUCGUUACAACGAGGAUGAGAUUGAGGAACCAAAUCCAUUUGAUCCUUGCUGUCCAAGAUAUCGCUGUGUGCCCAAGCCAACACCAGGCCCAACUCCUCCACCAGAAGUUUCUACAACACCCAGACGACCAGACUUCACCACUCCGCCUGAAUGUACCGGCGUCACGUGUUACAAAGAUGUUACCUGUCAAUAUAACGAGAUUGAAAUUGCAGAACCAAAUCCAUAUGAUCCUUGUUGUCCAAGAUAUCGCUGUGAGCCCAAGAUAACAACUAUCCAGCCUCCUACAACAAUACCGAUCACCACCAAGCCUGAAUGUGCUGGUGUCACAUGUAACAAAAAACACUUUUGUGCACCUAAUGAGAAUGAGGUUGAGAUUCCAAACCCAUCUGAUCCUUGCUGCCCCAACUACUAUUGUGAGCCAAAAUCUACAAUCUCACCUUCAGGGCCACCCUCAACCACCAGAAUCAUCAGCACCACCAAGAUUGACUGCUCUAAAAGGAUAUGUGUCAAAACCAGCUGCCGUCUUUCAGAAAAACUUAUUGAGGUGCCAAAUCCAUAUGACCCCUGUUGUCCCAUUCAAAAGUGCGAGUGCCAGUGCAAGACCGUGCCAAAAUGCAGAAGUGACGAGCGACUGGUCCCCGUGAGUCAGAAUGGCCAGUGUUGUCCAAAGCUUAAAUGCGAGCGCAAGAGGGAUGAAUGCCAUCCAGUGCGUAAAACUAUGCUUCUGAAGUCAGGCCAAUGUAGCGCUUCUGUGGAGCUGAACGUGUGCAGUGGAUACUGUCACUCCAAGACAGAAUAUACCAGCUUUUGGCAGCCCAUAACUCAUUGCCGAUGCUGCUCUAUAAAAACCGAUCGCUUCAUGACCUUCCAGCUGCCUUGUCCUGAUGGCACUCGCACAAGUCUGACAGUAAGGAAUGCAGUCACUUGUGGUUGCAACACCUGCUCAGGGCCAUAUGAACCUGGAAGUGGUAGCGGCAGCGGCAGUGGAAGUGGCAGUGGCAGCGGCGAUGGAGGCUCAAGUGAUGGAAGUGGCUUUCAUGAAUGGUCAGAAUUCAUCAGAAGCUAAGGUCAUCCCUGAUUUGAAUAACAUUAGCUACAAGCUAAUGGCAUCAUCCGAUAGAAACUGUGGGCCUUCGACAAUCUCUGUUUCUUUUUUUCUUGAAAACGUAUUUUGUAUGAUGUUUGGUUUUCUUUUAACCCCUUGGUGAUCAGGGUGGAACCAGCAGCUAGGUUUUCAGUUUGUAUCUGACACCUAAGGAGCAACCCAAUUAUGAUCUACUGAAUGGGAACAACCAAGGGGAAAUUGGCUCAAACCACAUUCCCAUGUUACAUACAGUGACACCUAGUGCUGUGCAACCUAAGGGUGUCCUGUGGGUGUGAUACAAGUAAUGGCAUUACUGUGAACAAUCCGUUGUGUGUAUUAUGCAAACAUACUGUUUUUCGUAGUGUCUCCCAUUAUCAUACCAUGUUUUAGGCUUAGUUAUAAAAAGACACCAUUUUAGCUGCUGUAGAAAUCUACGCACAUCCCUAUCAGGUCAAUGCCAAGCUAAAAAAAAGCUGAUAGUUAUCAUUUCCAUUAACUUUAGGUUUCCCAUUAUUUCCUGGUAUUUAUAUUUCCUGGUAUUCCCAUCCCUAAUACAAUCAAAGCAUGACUUGGUGUAAGCCCAUGUCAUGUACAAAUCGCCACUGGGACAGUGUGUGUAGUGGAACCAGAUUUUUUUAUUCUCCAAAUUAGAUAAUGUAUUACUUUUACCCAAAUCGGCAAAGCCAACAAUGACUAACGUUGAAUGCAACUUAUUUUCUGCACUUUAUAAUAGCACAGUGUUUUUCUACUGCCAAGGUCUAAAACACUGAAUGAUAUAAGAGAUAACUAAGCCAACCUGGGUGGGAAACAAUAUGAAGGACUGUUUUUCACUGUAAUUUAAUUCCUGCUCUUACAUGUGGCUUGUGAUGAUGGAAGGAUAUAGUUUAUAGCAUUUCCAGUUAGAUGGAAAAGCUCCAUUAAAAUGCUUUAUAAUACUAAAAACAGUCAUGUUAACUGCAAUAUUAGAGUUAUGAGGUCACAGCUCUAACCAACAAGAUGUCCAUGAAAAUGUGAUCUCACAACUUUGACAUCAUCACUCCUGCAUGAUAUAAUGAUGGUUUAAUUGUUUUUGUUGCUGUUAUAAAUGUUACAUUUUCCCAGAAUAAACCCAUCCCUAUGCAAUUA